AUGUCCCUCCCCAAGACAUACAAGCAGGCCGCCUUCAAGGUCAAGGGCGAGCCUCUCGUCGUCGAGGAUGUCCCCUUGACGCUGCCGGGCCCGGGUGAGAUCCUCAUCAAGGUCGAGGCCUGCGGCGUGUGCUACUCGGACAUGUACGCCCAGUUCGACGGCAUGGGCGGCGGCUUCCCCCUCGUCCCCGGCCACGAGAUCAUAGGCCGCGUCGCCGCCGUGGGCGACGGCGUUAAUGUCGACACCUGGAAAGUCGGCAGCCGCGUCGGCGGCGGCUGGCACGGCGGCCACGACGGCACCUGCACCGCCUGCAAGAAGGGCUAUUUCCAGAUGUGCGACAAUGCGAUUGUCAACGGAGAGACUAAGAACGGUGGCUUCGCCGAAUACUGCCUCAUCCGCGCCGAGUCCGGAGUGCACGUCCCCGAGCACGUCGACGCGGCCAAGUACGCGCCCAUCCUGUGCGCCGGCGUGUCCGUCUUCAACUCGGUCCGGCAACUCAACAUCCCCGUAGGCGAGACGGUCGCAGUGCAGGGGCUCGGCGGGCUCGGCCACCUAGCCAUCCAGUACGCGCGGCGCAUGGGGUACCGCGUCGUGGCCAUCUCGCGGGGGCCGGACAAGGAGCGGUGGGCGCGCGACCUGGGCGCGCACGAGUACGUCGACUCGAGCAAGGGCGAUAUCGGCGACCAGCUCAAGGCCCUCGGCGGCGCCGCUCUAGCCAUCUCUGUGGCCACCUCCGCCGACGCGAUCGCCCCGUUGCUCAAGGGCCUCGGCGUCCGCGGCAAGCUGCUCAUCCUCAGCGUGCUCGGCGCCGUGCCCGUCGACAUCGGGGUUAUGUUGAAGCGGGGACUGUCGGUCCACUCCUGGCCCGGCGGUCACCAUCUCGAUAACGAGGAGGCCAUCGCGUUUACCGAGCUCAACGGCGUCGACUGCCUUGUAGAGAAGUUUCCCCUGGCCAAGGCCCAGGAGGCGUACGAGGCGAUGUUAACCGGAAAGGUCCGCUUCCGCGCUGUCCUUGUCAUGGAGUGA